AUGAUCAUGAUUAUGACCAUGAUCAUGAUCAUCAUCAUUAUCUUAACGGUGGAUGAAAAUCCUUACUUUGAAAAUAAAGUUCUCUCCAAAGAAUUUCAUCUGAAUGAGAAUGGUGAUCUAUCUUCAAAUUCCACUGAAAUCAAAUGGAAAUCUGGAAAGGAUUUGACGAAAUGUUCAAGUCAAAUGCAGAAGAAAGACAGCAGAAAGAGGCAGCAUGAAGAACCAGAGAGCUUCUUUACCUGGUUUAUUGACCAUUCUGAUGCAGGUGCUGAUGAGUUAGGAGAGGUCAUUGAAGAUGACAUUUGGCCAAAACCAUUACUGUACUACUUGGUUCCUGAUAUGGACGACGAAGAAGAAGGAGCAGAAGAUGGUGAUGAUGAAGAAGACGAGGAAGGAUUAGAAGAUAUUGAUGAAGAAGGGAGUGAGGAUGAAGGUGAAGAAGAUGAUGAUGAAGGAAAGGAAGGAGAGGGGGAUGAAGGAGAAGAUGACUAA